AUGGAGCUGCUGUUAGAGCGGGCCAAGAAGCAGGGGAAGGCGAAGAAGAGGUCCUUCCUGAGGAAGCACAUAGUGCAGCUGGGCGGGCACGCGGUGGCCAGCGUCUCGCGCACCGUCGUGCACCGCGCGACCAAGGGUCCCAUCUUCCCCAACUUCUCCGUGCGCAACGAGCUCUUCUACCAACUCAUGCUCGAACUCAUGGACAAGCACUACUUGCUGUCGUGGCAGGAAUGGCGACACCUGAUGCCCAUGCAGCCCAUACCCCGGUGGCACCUCCGUAGGACCAAAGUGGUGCUGAAGAACGGUCUCAAGACAGAGUUCAUCACCUACGUGCCUCGUCGCAGGCACCUUCGAAACAAGAAGCACAACAACAAGAAGAACAAGCACACCGACUCGGACGACAAUCACUCCGCAACAGGCAGCAACAGGGAGAGCGACAUGUUCUACGGCGACGCCGAAGACUUUGACGACAGCCAGGGCGUCGGGCCGAACUCGAGCGGCCACAAGCUCGACCCCGCCAAGGCGCCCGGCAAUACUACUACUACUAAUAAUCACAAUCAUGGGUCGUCGGCCACGGUGACCGGGCAGAUCGUCAACGGGGCGGCCGAGGGGAAUCACCGCGGCGUGAAGGACAUCGGCCUCGACACGCCCACCAUCAUCUACUUCCACGGCGGCGGCUUCUGCUUCGGUUCGGUGCCGGUCUAUCGAAGAUGGCUGUGGACCUUCUCGCGCAAGCUGGGCGGCAUUCGAUUCUUUGCGGUUGACUACUCGUUGGCGCCCGAGGCUCCGUUCCCGAUUGCCCUCAAGCAGGCCCUCGAUUCGUACCUGUGGCUCACCGACCCCGACGGAGGCGGUACCAACGUGAUCAUGGGGGGCGACAGCGCCGGAGGCAACCUCGUGGGAGCCCUGCUGAUGCUCAUCCGCCAGAUGCGGCUCGAGAAGGAACUCAAGAUCAUGCACGGCACCAACACCAACUCCAAGACUCACACAUCUAUCAAGAAGACCAAGACCGAGCGCCCGAUCCGACCGGCGGUGGAGAUUGACGCCGAGCCGAUUCAGGCCAUGGCAAAGGGCAAGGGCAAGGGCAAGGAAGUCAACGAGCCGGAGCAGAUCGUCGAUGAAACGAGCAAGCAGGAGCAGGAGCGACUGCAGGACGAAGGAGAGCUGGAAUUCGACGACGAAGACGAAGAGGAGGCGGAGAAGGAGCGACAGCUGCACCGGCAGCUCGGCGUGCGGCGCCAGUCGAUGGCCGACUUCAAGAGCUCGGCCGAGCGCGCGCGCCAGCGCGUGACCAAGGAGAAGCAGGCCAAACACAACCGGAAAGCCAGCAGCGCAGAGGGCCGCCGUGUGAAGCGCAAGGAGAAGGUCGACACGCCGAGCCAGACCACCGACGACGACGAAGCAGCGCUUGAAGAUGGCGAUGAUGUCAAUCGCGGCGCGCUCGAGGGCCUCGACGGCGGCGACGAGACGGCGAGUAUGCCGACGCUGAAGGCCAUCGGGUUCGACAUGGAGCUGUUGCGACGACACCGGAUCCCGUUCGAGCUGGACGAGGACCAGGCCGGCAAGUACCCCAGCAUGCCGCUGGCCGCCAUGCAGAUCUCGCCGUGGAUCGACGUGAGCGAGAAUAGCUCGGUCCACUCUCCGGAAAGCUGGGGCCAGAUGAAGUUCAGGCCUUACAACAUCAGCGUCAGGUUUGCGCUGGCCUAUCUGGGGCUUGAGGCCACCGACCCCCCGGCGGCGAAGAAGAAGGAAAAGCAGACGCGGAGGGAGUGGAAUGGCAUUGUCAAGCUCUUCCACCAGCGCAGGCAGCGUCGACUCCAAUCGAAGUCGAAGAAACAGCACUGCAGCGCGCAAGCCACCGUCGCGGUGCCGCAAUCGUCGGCCAUCGCUCCACAGCAGCCGACCAACGGCCAAGCGCAGCAGCCGCCGGCCAUCUAUAUCGACGACGACGAGCCCGCUGCCGAGCUACUCACACCGACGCAGAUCUGGCGCGACCGACUGCGCCGCAGCAACUCAGUGCUGAGCAGCACAAACCUGCUGGCCAAGUCUGCAGCCAGGAGCGCGGCGGAGGUGGCCGAGUGCCAGAUCGCCAUCGGCGAAAAGCGGUACGAGGAGGGACCUGUCGAGGUGGAGGCCGACGACCACAACGCCGACGCUGGCGCUGAGGGGAGGCUCGUUGGCCCGACCAACGCCGCCGAGGCGAUGCGCCAGAAGCGGCAUCAGCAAGAGCCGGACACGUUCGACAUCUGCUCGCCCUACAUUUCGCCGGUCUACGGCGACAUGCGUGGAUUCCCUCCACUUCUGAUCUCUGCAGGCGAUGUGGAGCCGUUGCUCGGGGACAUCAUGCGGUACUACCACAAGGCCGUUGACGCGGGCAUCGAGGCCGAGAUGGACCUCGGCAAGAACAUGAACCACGACUACCAGUUCUUCUUCUCCGCGGUGGCCAUGUCUGAUCCCGAGAUUCCUCGCUUCUGGGGCGUAGCUCGGUCGUGGGUGCACCGCCAGCUCCAGCGAGAGAUCCAAACGUCGGCGCCGACAACAGCGACGUCGGCCCCGGUCCCCUCGCCAGCCGGUGCGCACAAGCACGCGUGA